UGUGCUCAUUUUCCGUCCGGACAUUGUUUACGGGAACACUCAUCCAGACAGCUGAUGUUAGUUGUGAAGACGUGUACUUUCUGCCCAGAUUUGGCCAUCUAGAGAAUUGAUAUUCGUUAUUAUUUUUAACAUUACAUUUCGCUCACAUUGUUUAGCGGUAUUUGCUUUCCUCAUGGCGACAGUAGAGGAACUGAAGCUGCGGGUGAGAGAGUUAGAAAAUGAACUGAUAAAGUGUCAGCAGAAGCAGUGUUCCGUGGAGGAACUUCACAGAGCGAAAAUCGACAAAAUGAGCGCCGAAGUUGUGGAUUCCAACCCAUACAGUCGUCUAAUGGCUUUGAAGAGAAUGGGCAUCGUGGAAGAUUAUGAGAAAAUCCGGACAUUCACAGUCGCUGUGGUUGGUGUUGGGGGAGUCGGCAGCGUGACAGCUGAAAUGCUCACUCGGUGUGGCAUUGGUAAGCUGCUCCUCUUUGACUACGAUAAAGUAGAGUUGGCCAAUAUGAACCGACUGUUCUUCCAGCCUCACCAGGCAGGCCUCAGUAAAGUGGAAGCAGCUGAACACACACUCAGGAACAUCAACCCAGAUGUGUCAUUUGAGACCCACAACUACAACAUCACCACAGUGGAAAAUUUUACGCAUUUUAUGGAGCGGAUCAGUCAUGGAGGGCUGGAAGAAGGGAAGCCGGUGGAUUUGGUCCUGAGCUGUGUGGACAACUUUGAAGCCAGAAUGGCAAUCAAUACAGCGUGUAAUGAACUAGGUCAGAUCUGGAUGGAGUCUGGUGUCAGUGAGAAUGCUGUAUCAGGACACAUUCAGCUCAUCAUUCCUGGAGAGACGGCGUGCUUUGCUUGUGCUCCUCCUCUGGUGGUGGCAGCUAACAUCGAUGAGAAGACCCUGAAAAGGGAGGGUGUGUGUGCUGCCAGCUUACCAACAACAAUGGGUGUGGUUGCAGGCAUCCUGGUGCAAAAUGUUCUCAAGUAUCUGUUAAAGUUUGGCACUGUCAGUUAUUAUCUUGGCUACAAUGCCAUGCAGGACUUCUUCCCCACCAUGGCCAUGAAAGCUAAUCCCCAGUGUAACGACCGCCACUGCAGGAGACAACAGGAAGAGUACAAGAAAAAGGAAGUGGAGCGGCCAAAGGUUGCUGUCGUACAGGAAGAGGAGGAAGUUAUACAUGAGGACAACGAAUGGGGCAUUGAACUUGUAUCAGAGGUGACUGAUGCAGAGUUACAGGCUGCCUCAGGCGCCGUGCCUGACCUCCCAGAGGGCAUCACUGUGGCUUACACCAUCCCAUCUGGUACCACAGAUAUUGGGGAGACAGUGGAGGACACUGAACAGAGCCUAGAAGACUUGAUGGCUCAGAUGAGAAAGCUGUAGGCAGAAAUCUGAUGAUGAAGCAUAUAAGCCUUUUCUCACGUCUAUCCCAUUGCUUUCUUAACAUAACAAGCAUUCUCAUGAACUAACUAAUGUCAAAAAACAACUGUAUCAUAAAGUCUUAUAACAGCUAAAUAGGGGAAAUGCAUACAAAGUGCUGCUGAUGGUAUUUCAUGCAACACACCAAAAAUUCCAAAAGCAGUCCAAUGUGUAACUUGCUGACAUACCGGGGAGGUGUUUAGCACUUUGACUUGGUCCAGUCUCUAAUGAAAUGUGUAUAAACCCAGAAUAUCACUGUUAGCAUGUUAAGAUGCAUUACAAUGUGUAUUUUCUAUGGUUUCAGUUAGUGAAUGAGUCUCUACCUUCUGCUGUAUGUGCUCUGUCACUCACCACAUUUGAUGAACAAUUUAAUUUGUCUCAAUAAAGUAUUUAUUAGAUGGAA